CCUUCUUAAACUCUCAAAUUAAACCACCACCAAAAAUCCAAAACCUUCACCACCCAUAACUUCACUAUUCCAUUCCAUCCCAUCCCAAACCCAAUUAUUAUCUGGUUUCAGUUACACCAUUAUCCAAACACUUUCUUUCUUUCUUUCUUUCCUUCUAUCUCUAACAAACAAGAAUCCCAAAUUAUAUAAAUUAAAUAAUUAAUGUCUUCAAACAAGAAAGCAGGGUUACAAAAAGAUGCACCAUGGAGAGCACCACCUUCUUCAACUACCAAACCUUUACCCAAAAUCCAUCAUUCCCCUGUUCUCACUCUCCCUCAAAACCCUUAUUCCAACUAUGCCCUUUCUCUCAUCAAGCACCCUGAUCCGAUUGGAGAAGGGUUUGGAAUGGAAGCUAUAGUGGAAGCUGCAGGGCCAGAGUGUAUUGUUCCUGGACAGGUUACACCGGUUAAACUUCUUGGACUAAAGGUCUGGCCUGUUGAUAUUGAUUUGAAGUUUUUGGAACCUGUUGGGAAAGAGUUGAAGAAUAUCGGGAAGUUUAUGGAUUCAGCAGUUGAGCUCAUGAACAAAUCAUUUGAUGAACGCUAAGAUUACUAGUCGUUUCUGAGGUGUAUUAUGCGGGCAUUAUAGUUAUGAUUUAUGAAUAUGAGUUAAAUCUGCGAGCCCUGCUCCCCAAAUGUGUUUGUAGUUGCUUUGUUCUCAUCAUUGUUUAGGCAUUAUACUAAGCUUCCUAAGUGGAAAAUGGUGUGUUUAAAGUUGAACACACGAAUACAAAAGUAUCUAUGAAUUUUUUGACUUUUGAGUCAAACUUGUUACAAAUUGAAAACUCAAUAUAUGAUUCUCUAUUUCAAGUUUAA